GUUGCUGCUAAUUUGUUUUUUUCUCACUGAGUCAGAGCACAGUUACCUGGGGCGACCAUCUCUCUGCUCAGCACUUACUUAUUACUGGCCCUUAGUUUCUAAGGUAACAGUGCAGUGGGACUGGUCUCAGGCUGUGGGAAGCGGAACCCGGAAGUGACGCUCUUACUUCGCGUCCGGAGUGAGAAGGUUCGAAGAUGGCGGCGCGCAAAGGCCGGAGGCGCACAUGUGAACCCAUGGAGGCUGAAUCCUGCGAUCCAGGAUCCGAAAGCCCAUCCCAGGUCUACCUGCCCGGCAAGGGGCCGCCACUGGGAGAAGGCGAGGAGCUGGUAAUGGACGAGGAGGCCUACGUGCUGUACCAUCGUGCGCAAACUGGCGCCCCUUGUCUCAGCUUUGACAUAGUCCGAGAUAACCUGGGCGACAACCGGACAGAACUCCCUCUCACUCUUUUCCUGUGUGCGGGAACCCAGGCUGAGAGCGCCCAGAGCAAUAGACUGAUGAUGCUUCGGAUGCACAAUCUCCAUGGGACCAGGCCGCCACCAUCAGACGGCAGCGAUGAGGAGGAGGAGGAGGAAGACGAAGAGGAUGAAGAGGAGCGGAAACCCCAGCUGGACCUGGCCAUGGUUCCCCACUAUGGUGGCAUCAACCGAGUUCGGGUGUCCUGGCUGGGGGAGGAGCCUGUGGCUGGAGUGUGGUCGGAGAAGGGCCAGGUGGAGGUGUUUGCACUGAGGCGGCUCCUACAGGUGGUAGAUGACCCCCAGGCCCUGGCCAUUUUCCUCCGAGAUGAGCAGUCGCGGGUGAAGCCCAUCUUCUCCUUUGCUGGACACAUGGGUGAAGGCUUUGCUCUUGACUGGUCCCCUCGAGUGCCUGGCCGCUUGGUGACUGGCGACUGUCAGAAGAACAUCCACCUCUGGACGCCCACAGACGGCGGUUCCUGGCAUGUGGACCAGAGGCCAUUUGUGGGCCACACGCGCUCUGUGGAGGAUCUGCAGUGGUCCCCAACUGAGGACACGGUGUUCGCCUCCUGCUCAGCUGACACCUCCAUUCGCAUCUGGGACGUCCGAGCAGCCCCGGGCAAGGCCUGCAUGCUCACCACAGCCACUGCCCAUGAUGGGGAUGUCAACGUCAUCAGCUGGAGCCGCAGGGAACCCUUCCUGCUCAGCGGUGGGGAUGACGGAGCCCUCAAAGUCUGGGACCUACGACAGUUCAAGUCUGGCUCUCCUGUGGCCACCUUCAAGCAGCACAUGGCCCCCGUGACCUCCGUCGAAUGGCACCCUCAGGACAGUGGGGUGUUUGCAGCCUCUGGCGCUGACAACCAGAUCACACAGUGGGACCUGGCAGUAGAACGGGACCCAGAGGCGGAGGAAGCAGAAGCAGACCCCGGGCUGGCAGCACUCCCCCAGCAGCUGCUGUUCGUGCACCAGGGUGAGACUGACCUGAAGGAGCUGCACUGGCAUCCGCAGUGCCCCGGGCUUCUGGUCAGCACCGCCCUGUCAGGCUUCACCGUCUUCCGCACCAUCAGCGUCUAAGGGGCCAGCACUUGGCCUCCGGCCGUGGCUCUCCGUGGGAACUGGAUCUGUUAACUCGGUGGGGAUCAUUAAGUCUGUAGACUGCACCCCAGAAAGAAAGACUUGUUCAGCUGGCCCGUGUGGAACAGAAGUAGCAGAUUCUGCAGACCUGGGAUCUGAGUGUGGAUUUACCCGUGUGGCUCACACAUCUUACACCAAAGACGAUUGCCUGUCUAGUUACCUCAGCAUGAGAUUUCUGUCCGUGUUGACUCCUGCGUGACCCUUAGACCUCUUGACCCAGGACCCAGUUGUGGUGUUGAUGGACUCCAAGAAUUUUAAGGGUUUUGCCAUGCUGGGCAAGUCUGGGUCUGGGAUGCUCCAGUAGAACUUAGUUCUCUCUGCUUUCUGGCCAGCUAUGUCCCACUGGGAUCCAAGUUGGGAACUGUGUGGGAUCCCCUCACUGUGCUGACCACUAUUGUACUGGAGAAGGAUCUGGGCCCCAGACACGUGAGAUGCCAGUCCUUUGAGCUUUCCUGUGACACAGCUAAAGGAAGUAGGGAGGAAUUUGGAAGGGAGCUAUCCCCUGCGUGGGACUCUGUCACCUCACCCUGUGAGGGUGGACUCUUCCCUUCUGUCUGGCUCAGCCUUUUCUAAAUCUUACUCCAUUUGGAGCUGACUCUGAGUCAGUAAAUGAGUGUCUCUCUGGA